AUAAUCUAUAAAUAUUACAAGGAAAUUAUUGAAUAUAUGAAUACCUGAAAAAAAAAGACAAUCGAUUUAACAAUACACAUUAUCAAAAAUCAGACUGUUCAGAUAUUUAUCAUGGAGAAAUAUUAGAGUGACGGGAUAAGAAAAUACUAUCAUGGAUGGAGCUUGUAGUACAGAAGAGGAGACUGACUCCGAGGAUGAAGAAAAAGCAUCUAGCAGUUAUGAUCAACCUCUUAUGUCGCAUGAGGGAUUUUCAGAUACUCAAACUUUAAUCAAAGAAGACCAAACUAAGGCAUCUGCAGAGAACCAUUACGCAAGCGUUGCCUUUUAUGUCAGAGAUGUAAAAACUGGAAAAGUGUAUGGCUUAACAAAUCGUCAUAUUACCCUUCAUACAGACAAAAGUGAUAUUAAAAUGUUAAGUCACAGUAAGUUUAUCCAUUUUGGGACAUCAGUUAAAAUUUUGGAUGAAAAAAGUUUAGAUAUAGGAUUGAUAGAGAUUGAUCACUCUGUAAAAGAUCUUUUAAGCAACAGAAUGUUUGUAUCUAUUCUGGUCCAUUUGAAAGCAUUUUUGAUAAAGAAAUAUUUAAAUACAAACCUAGCGUUAAACUUUAUGAAGUGUGCAAAUGUGGUACACCAAAUUAUGGAACUAUUGUUUCUGAGUCGGAACAUGAAGAGUGUAAACCAGAAAAUGGACAAUUUCUCGUUAAAAGUGAGAAUGGUGUAUUCGCUGUAAAAGUGAAAGUGGUACCGCCGUCGCGGUCAGAAGAAAAGAAGACAAUGUAAUAGGGUUAGUUGGAAUUAUUUGCGGUGGAUCAGGCGACAAUACUGUUUGUCUAUUUAUUCCAGCUGUUUUCUAUUUUUAUAAGAACAGGUACGACAUGAUUCUAGAGUUGUAUGAUGCAUGCAUACUUUGUGGAGUAAAAAUAUAUUUCAAUUUGUCAACGCCAAAUUUCUCCACCUAGUUACGAUCUGGUGGAUCAUGCUUUAUUUGAUGUGCUACAAAUUUGAAAAUGUAGAUGUUAAAAGUUACGAGCUCCUAAUAGAAAGAGAACGCGAUUUGUCCCUACGGGUCACUCAAAGAUUGUGUUUGAAUGAUAACGCCAUCUU